AUGGAAAAAUUGUUUAUGUUGCUAUUGCUAGCAUUAGCAGCUACCGGUAAGUCUUCGGUUGUUUCAGCCGCCGACGCCUACGAAUCGCCGCAAUUCAGAGUAGUACACUUAGAAUCAGAUUUCGAAAUAAGAUUAUACAAGGAAAUCUCUUGGAUGUCAGCUCUUGUCAAUGGAACUUCCUUCCAGAAUUCCACUAAACAAGGCUUUCACAGGUUGUAUCAGUAUCUUCAAGGGGCAAACCGUAACUCCACCUGUUUCUCGAUGACAAAGCCCGUCUUAACCACCAUCGUUCCUUCUCACAGCGGAGGGUCGCCGUCAUCCUAUAUCGUGAGGUAUUAUCUGCCUGCAGCAUAUAACAAUAAGUCUCCGCCGCCGCCUUUGGCGGAGUUGAACCUGCAGUUGGACAAGUGGAAAAGCCACUGUAUUGCAGUGAGAAAGUUCACCGGAUAUGCUAGGGACGACAAUGUGGAGAAAGAGAAAGAUGGUCUGGUUGCUAGCCUUGGUAAAAGUUUGAUGCAAGGAAUGGAUCAAAACCAGAAUUAUAACUACAGCAUUGCGCAGUACAAUGCUUCGAAGCAUCCCACCGGCCGCAUAAACGAGGUUUGGAUGGAUGUCUUGGGUUUUGCCGCCGAAGGAUGUGCACAGUAGCCAUGAAAAAUUUCGACUUCGAAACCAUAAUUAUGUUGUGAGAUAAGUGAAUAAUGGUGUCAGUUAGGAAAAUUUUAUAUUUGUGGAUUUCUAGUAGCUUUUUAAUAAACUAGUUAUGUUUAGUGUGCACGUGAACAAUAAGCUAAUGCUAUUUUUAUACAAUGUGAAAGCUAGGUAU